GGAGGUCACGUCGAGAAGACGAAUCUCACGAGACUUUUGGAGGUUUGACAUACUGGCAGAAGGACAGCACUAACAGAGAUAGAUUAUUGAAUUUAUCUUAUUAAGUGAUCUUGGAGGCUAUUUGUAAAACGCAAGAGGUAAAAGACAUUUCGGCAAAUGACAGAAUACAAGCUGGUGGUGGUGGGAGCUGGUGGUGUAGGUAAAAGUGCCUUAACCAUACAGUUAAUCCAGAACCACUUUGUUGAAGAGUAUGAUCCAACAAUUGAGGAUUCGUACAGAAAACAGGUUGUGAUAGAUGGAGAAACCUGUCUCUUGGACAUUCUCGACACAGCAGGUCAAGAAGAAUACAGUGCAAUGAGAGACCAGUAUAUGCGCACUGGUGAAGGAUUCCUUUGUGUCUUCGCCGUAAACAAUCUCAAGUCUUUCGAGGAUAUUAGCCAGUACAGAGAGCAGAUUAAGAGAGUAAAAGAUGCUGAUGAAGUUCCAAUGGUUUUAGUGGGAAAUAAAGUUGACCUACCAAGUCGGAAUGUGGAGCAGCGACAAGGAAAGCACAUGGCUGAGCUGUACCACAUACCCUAUGUGGAGACAUCGGCAAAAACACGGCAGGGAGUGGAUGAUGCUUUCUAUACACUUGUCAGAGAAAUAAGAAAAUAUAAGGAAAGGAAAGGUAGAAAGAAGGAGAAGGGCAAGAGAGGCAAGAGCAGGUGCAAGCUUUUAUAACUGGCAGCAGAUACAGAAACUUUUCAAUGCUUCAUCCUCUCUCUCUCUCCAUUAGUGAUCGACUUCAGGGCCCGUUUUCCAUCAGCCCUGGAGGACUAAUGAUCACCAUCUAGGGCAAACAUCAGUCUUUCUAGUUCACCAUUGUGAUGUCGGUCAGCUGAUGCUUAAUGAACAGCUUCAGAUGCAUGGAAGGACUACAUCAAAGUCUAGCAUUGUAGCAGUUAUAUGGAGUGCUGUUCCAUCAAUUACAUGCUUGGUCUUCUUGCCCUUUUGAAUCAGGAACAGGUCAGCAUGCAGCACUUAACAACUCUUUUUUUCCUCUGUGUGUGCUGUUCAAGACGAUUGUUGAGAGUUUGCUGUACCUGGUAUUUCAAGGGUGUGGUCUCUGGUAUAUAUGCUGUCCUUGUAGAUAUCUGUUGUCUUCGCCCACUCUAAUGGAUAUGUGUAUCAUUAAAGUCCAGCUGCUGCUUGCCUUGCAGAGAUGAAUUAGCAAAAACCUGUCUACAUGACAAGGUAGCAGGAAAAAAACUCAUCUGCAUCAAGGCAAUUGUAUCUUUAAUUUUAUUACCCAGUAAUAUGUAUGGUUGUCCAUGCUCUUUCUUCCAGCUCUUUUAUAUACUUAAUAUAGGUAUGUGGAAGUUUGAAUUGAGCAUACUGUGCAAAGACCUUUUUAAGUGAUUAAUAUGUCUAUGUAUGAAAGUGUAAAUGGCUUGCAUACAGUUGCUUAUAAAGCUGUGUGGCUCGUGUAAGUGGCUUAACUGCCUCAUACCUGUUUGGCUAAGGCAAUAUGCAUACUUUCUAGCUACUGAGAAACUGUUGGUUUUUGAUUGUUGAACAAAUUAUGAUAUGAAAGUACUUUUUGAUGGUGAUCUUAUUUGGUGGCCGCCUAUUUAUAGAAAAACUGUUGCAAAGAGUGAAGGAGAGUCUGUUAGGAAAUGUUAGGUUUUGCACUUUCUUCCCCCUACCCCUUUUUUUUCAUUUUCAGCAUUAAAAGUGCUGAACUGUAAGAGUUGAAUUUACCAGUCUGUAGAUUCAGACCAGGACCUCUGUUGCAGUCAAGUUUCUACAAAAGUUAAAGAACCAGAAUAGCUUAAAAACGUUAGUAUGUGAAAUUUAGUUGGUUUGUUCAUAGCAUUGUGGUUGACAACUACACUGCAAGGACAGUUUUAUAGAUUGUACAAUUUGUGGGCAGUUUUGCUGACUUAGAAGCACAGAAUUGAAGUAUGAACAAAAACUAGGCAGUGAAAAAUGACAUGUUUGCAUGUUCUUCGCUUUAUUUGGUUUUUAUAAUGGAGAUAAGAUCUUCCUUUCUGUAUUUGCCUGUGGUUUUGGGAAAUAUUUGAUAAGAACAGUAUAUAUGCAUUACUCUAAGGCUCUGCUAUUUUAACAUUUCUUCCUUCCCCUUAGUAGUUUUUCUUUCCUUUUUUUUAAUUUUUAAUUAUGUGUCAGUGUCUUAAUGUGUGCAUGGUCAUGUUCUAAUACAGUUGAGAGAAAGAAAACUGUGUAGUGUUAAUGGAUUAAACCAUAAGAAUGUCAUCAACAGUUUUUGCUAUUGAAUACCUAUUUUUUUCAGCCUUAUAUUAUUAAAUGUGUGAAUUUUAAAAAUUAGGAGUUUUUUUCAGACCUGUGUGUGUGCUAUGCAGUUUUGCACACAAAUUUUAGGAUAUUUAUGGAGUUGCCAUCAUAGUCAUUACUCAAAUAAAUGUUUUGUUUGUACAUGCGGGCAGCCUGUUCUUUCUCUGCAUGUGGCAUCUACAGAGCUGGCUGGUUUACCAUGAUAUAGCCUUAGUUGAUGGCUUGGUUUAAAACACCAAUCCCACUUGUUUGUACAUGCUGAUUUUGGUAAAGUUUAUUUAGAACAGACUUUGAAUCACUUUAAUGUCUUGGGCAUUUUCCUUUAUAACAAUUUUCACAAAUGAUCUAAGAUUUGUAGAAUACGAAGUUUUGUUUGUGGUGUUAAAAAUAAUCAUCCCGGUCUAAUUUGAAUGGGGGAUGUAAGUACUGAAAUUUUCAUUUCCUCCAGAAAUUUAGAAUGAUGUAAUCAUUACUUCUUUCUUGAAUAAGUAUUAGGACUAACUAGGUGAUUCUUUUUAUCAAAUGCUACCUAGUAUUGUGCAUAUUUUCUGUGUGAGUAAAUUCUGACAGGUGAGGUGUUUCAAUUGUUUUAGUUUUAUGCAUUAAGGUGAUUAUUUACUAUAUGUAUAGAUAUACACACAUUAUAUGCAUACACUGCUUAGAUACAUUUUUGACAUGGAAAAUUUCUUGCCUUUUCUGUGCAAAAUGAUACAUUAUUUCUAUAUUUUGCAAAGUAUAUUACAAAAUUUUACAUGUUUUUAAAGGUAAUGUCUAUUCAAGAUUUUCUUCCCUACUCCUUGAUAUCAUUUUAUGUUAAAGGUUCUUCCUGUUUCUUAAUUUCAUAAAGACAAUUUGUUCAGGCCAGACUUUCCAAGUUCGUGAUAUAUUUUGUCAGCUGAGGUUGUUUGUAUCCAUGAUGGUGGUUUAUAAUUCUCUUUAUUUCUUUGUUACAAUGCUUAGCUGAAGAGAUGAGCAAUUCAAAUGUGUGGUAUCCAUCUCUGAAAAUGAAUGGAAUAAAUGAACAAGUUUAUGUAAGGCCAUUUAUCGGCAAUGCAAUGUUUUGAGGACGAUUUAGUAUGUUGGGCUUACGAGAGAGAGAGUGCCAGAGUUGUUUGUCAGAAGAAUGAUGAGGAUUUCAGUUAAUUUUUUCUUUUAUUACUACCCACCACACAUGCAAGCCUGAACACACAAAAAGGCAAAUAUUAAGAAUUGUUCGUUAGGAUGCACCACUUACAUUUUUUGGUUACUACAGAGAAUUAAUCAUUUGCAACUCAUACAUGCAUCACCCUAACAGCACAUAACGGGUAAUUCUGAAAAAGUUUGGUUUUCACGCUUGACUUUUCUUUAAUUCAGUUAGUUUCUUGCUAGGUGCUAUUUUUCAGUAAUGCAUAAAAAAAUGGACUGGUGGGAAGAUAAAGUUAAAUUUCUUGCACAGGUUAAUGUUUUUGCAAACAAAUGCUGUGUUAACUACUUGUGUUGAAUGCUUUCUUAUUAUGGUUCUUAUAAAAUGGGUUUGGGAUGAAAAAGAUAACAUUUUAAAAACAUUACUGCCAGUGAAAUAUAGAUGCAGAUAAUUAUUAUGGAUUUUGGUCAAUCCUUAAAAAUUAGCCAAGUGGAUGGUACAAUUAAUUUGUGUUGAUAGCAUGCACAAGAGAGUAAAUAUCUUGAGUUUAUAUAAAGGUUUUUAACAAAUCACUUAAAGCACUAGUACUGUGAACAAUUUAAAAACUGAAGUAUGGGUGUUAAACAGCAGAGUUUAAGUGGAAUAAAUAAUAGCACUUGGACAAAAGUGUUAUAUGAGUUAUAUCCAUUAGUCUUAACUACUGCAAGGGAUAUGUGAAAUUUUUCAUUUUUGUGUGUUACAGAUUAGCAAAGGGAUUUAAUGAAGUUUGGGGUUUAAAAAACUUUGAAAGAACAUUUUAUUUCCCCAAGAAGUACGAGUAUUUUGUAUUUUUGGCAGUUCAGUUCUUAUUUCAGUUUCUGGCUUGUAUGAAUUCUAUGGUUUAAUCCAAGGUAUAAGACUGACAGCAUGAUAUUAAAAUUAUUGGCCAACAUUCAUCAGUAAUAUGGUGAUCUCUGCUACUGCUUAUUUUUGUAAACAGUCUAUGCUGCUGUUGUCAUUGAAUCAGUCAUCUGCAUCUGUGUCUUUGCCCCAAAAUCUGUGGCAUUGUGCAAGUGUUAAUAUUGUGUUCAAGAAAAAGACCAAUCUUAAUUAUGAAACUGCAGCUGUGGUGUCUGAUAUCCGCCACCCCCUAACCUUAAUUUUUAGUGUAACUCUUUAUAGUGUGAUUCAUUUACUCAUGUUCAAAAGUAUUUUGGCUGUAUACCUUGUGCUUUUGAUGGAUGCUUUGACUUGUGAACUUGAUAACAGCUGCAGCUUUAGCUAACCUUGACAACACUGGACAUUUGGUCUCCUUAAAGGUCUAGUGGGGUGCAUACUUUUUUGAAUUGACUGCAAGAUACUAUUUCCCAAAAUCUGGGGGAAUAACCCUCUUUAAAGAUAUACUAAACAUCUUGUACAAAAAGAAGUCAGACUUUUGACAUUACAUUUAUACAAAUAUGCAUAAUUUAAUGUAUUGUCUCAGCUUUCCUAUUGGCUGAUGCCUUGACAAUGUAAACAUAUUCAUGUGCAAUUCUGAUGUCCAUGUAUUAUUGCCCCCCCCCACCUUUUUUUUUUUUUUUUGCAUGAAGGUGGGUAUCUACCUAGAUCAGGGGUGGGGCAUGGCUUGCAAUCAUUGGGUCUGACCCUUCCAAGGCACUGCAAGAAGGAUUUGAAGUUUAAUAAAUCUAGGAACUUUUUUUAAUAGCAACAUAAAUUAUAUAAAGUGAAUUGUGAUAAUGACAAAUUUUGAGAGACAAGAAAGAAACAUCUAUUAUGGGACAGAACACAUAAAAGUACACAAUAGACAUGUAUGCUUCUCUUCUCCAGCCUGUCUACCUUUAUUGCUUAGAGAACAGUUAUGUCAAGCAGAGUGUAUGUGUAUACAUCGUGAAAGUGUUAACAUGCUGUGGCAAAACAACAGUGAUACAAGAUGUGAUGAGAUCGUAUCUUGUCCUACAAAUGGUGACUACAUAGAAAAAAAAUUGAUGCAGAGUGUAGAUUUUUCCAAGAAAAAUGGACAAAUUAUCAUUUUUGUUGAAGUCAAAGGCACUUUUGUGGUAGUUUUUGGCGAUGUGUUAGCAGUAAUGAAAAAAGCCAUUGUGGUGCUGGAGAAGCAGUUCCAGCCAUAUCAUCAGGGUUGAGCUACCUAAAUAUAGAAAAGUAAUUUUUAAGUUAAUAAUUGUGAACAGUCUGUGAAUUAUGUUAUAAAUACAUGGCCCUUGGUAGAAUAAAGGUUCCCCACCACUGACCUAGAUUUGGGGAAAUACUUUGUACUGAGUUUUACUCUGAAAAAUAAAUUUGCACCCUUCUAGACCUUUAAUCUUUACUGUUGAAUGGUUUGUCCUUAAUCUUGAAAUAUCAAUUGCUUCUGAGAAUAUUGAUAGGUUGUUGUUUCUAUUGUUAAUUGUAAUGUCCUGAAAGAAAAUAUGUAAAUCAAUGGCUCUCACAGGUAACAUGCCAUCCCAGUGUUUAUUUAAAUACUUGAAAAAAUUAUAGACGCUAUUCAUUCAUUCACACUUUCUGAUCUUUGUUUGCUCAAAAUAAGAUUUGAGAGUCAUGUUUUUGCAUAAGACUGCAGGCAUAAAGUCAAUUUUGUAAGUUUUAACUUAUGUCUGUUAUUAGCAUCAGUUAUUCAUAUAUUUUAGUAAAAAAUACCUUAAAGCAUCUUAAACACAAUAAUAAUACUAUAGUAUAACAAACUAGCCUCUACCUUUUUUGCUACAAUCUGUUUGCCUAUGACUUGGACUUAAAAAAUAAAUAGACCUUGAACAUAACCCAGAAAUGUUGCAAUCAAACACAUCUGGUUGCCCUCUUGCUGGGUUUUUAAAUUAAAAUAGUGAGGAAUCUUUCAUUUAGGGUAGCUUAUAUUGACAUAAAUAUGAAGCAUCUAUAACUUUAUGGUGUGUUAAGUUUUAAGGUAUUCAAUCAGAGAGAAAACUUAGCAUGAUAUUCAAAUAAACCUCCGGAAGAAUUACUGUUGCACAUAUGCAGUUUGUUUUAAUGAAGUCUUUUUUUUUUUAUUUAAUGUUUCUGCAAACAUGCUGGCAUUGAGUUGCUUUAAGGUCUGGAGUGUCCAUAGAAAUAUGUGAAAUCUAAUUUUAUUUGAUUGUAAAUGGUUGUGCACUUUCAGCAGUACAUUUAUAAUGAAACUGACUUUACUAUUGUGACAUUUCUGCUCUGUGAAAACUGUUUAAUUAAAUGAUCAAGCCUCUCUUAAAGUCUACAUAGUUCGUAAAAAUUAAAAAAAAUAUAUAAAUAACUACUUCUUCAGACUUGUUUGUUGCUAUAAAUAAGAACCAUUCAAAUAUCUGUAUUUAGUACAAAGUGUCAAGAAUGUAAAUUUACAGGUCUUAAAUACAGUUCCAUCAUUAAAAAUAGCAUAACUAAGCAGCAUUUUUUUUUUUAAGCAGACACAUGAUUGCAUUCUGCUGCAUGACGUGGAUGCAUAUUUGCCAUGUAGUUGUAUUUUGUACCAAUUCUGAAAAUGAACAUAAAACGAGAAAGAAAAUGCAUGACUGCUACCAAGUAAAAAUGACAAUGGUAAAGUAGAUACAAAAUAUGAAUGUUUAUCUGUAUGGGUGCUGUGAGCCUUGCCUAUAUCUUGUUUCUGUCCCUUUUUAUGUGCGUGUUCAUUCCUUUUACAGCUCCCUUUUACUUGAGCUCAUAAAUGACACCCUGAUACCUGUCCUGGUUUUUACAUGUGGUUAUGUGUGGUGGUGUUUCUGUGUCGUAAAUCUUUUUUAUCAAAUGAUUGCCAUUAAAUCUUUUAUAAAUAUG